AUGGCGUCCACUUCUUCGCCGAACUCCCUGGAAGCAGCCACUUCCUCCGCAGCUCCUGUACCAGGAGCAUCAGCAGCCCCUCCGUCGCAACCGGUGGCUGCUGCCAAGAAGCCUGACACGCUAAUGAAGCGUGUGCAGCCGUUCGCCGUCGGCGGGCUUUCAGGGUGCAUUGCGACGACGUGUAUCCAGCCUAUCGAUAUGAUCAAAGUGCGGAUUCAGCUUGCAGGAGAGGCUGGCGGCUCGACGAACCCUUUCACCAUCUUCAGAAACAUCAUCAACAACGAGGGAUUCAAAGGCCUCUACAAAGGUCUUGACGCUGGAAUUAUCCGCCAGUUGACGUACAGCACGGCUCGCCUAGGUCUUUUCCGCAUCAUCAGUGAUGAGAUGCGGCACAGGGCCCCGAAGGACAAGAACGGCGUCGCUCCUCCCCUGCCCCUCUGGAAGAAAGCUGUUGCCGGCCUUGCUGCAGGCGGCUUGGGUAGCUUCUUCGGCAACCCGGCGGAUCUCGCCCUCAUUCGCCUUCAGGCGGAUGCGACACUUCCCCCAGAGCAACGCCGGAACUACACUGGAGUUUUGAACGCCAUGACCCGCAUCGUCAAAGAGGAAGGCCUCUUCGGUCUUUGGCGGGGGAGCACUCCGACAGUUCUCCGCGCUAUGGCUCUGAAUAUGGGGAUGCUGGCGUCUAACGAUCAAGCGAAGGAGCUUCUGGAGCCGUCGUUUGGAAAAGGCUGGGCGACAACGCUUGGAGCGAGCGCCAUUUCAGGUUUCUUUGCGGUGACUUUCUCCCUGCCGUUCGACUUCAUCAAAACAAGGAUGCAGAAAAUGCGCCCCGAUCCGGUAACCGGCAAGUUGCCGUAUGCGAACUUCUGGGAUGCCGUUGUCAAGAUCACCCGGCGUGAAGGAAUCAUGUGCCUCUACUCGGGCUACUCGACUUACUACGUUCGAAUUGCUCCGCAUGCGAUGAUCACCCUCAUCUCCAUGGAAUACCUGAACAAGACGUGGAACAGGUAUUCUAACUGA